AUGUCGCCAAAGAAGAGGGCCGGUGCGUCAGCAUCGGCCGGGGCGGCGGCAGCGGGCGGGGCGGCAGGCGAGCCCGAAGGACAGCAGGGGACCAGUACCUCUGGGCGGGCGGCCGCAGCUGUCGGCAAGAAUGGCAAGGCCCAGCAAGAUAGCGAGCGGCAGCCGGCCGGACGAGCCACCAAGCAGCAAGCAGCGGUGACGGCGGCGGCCGCAUCAGCGCCGGGCAGCAAGGCGUGGGCAAUUUCACGAGGCCCGCCCCUGCUGGUGCUGGUGGUGGCACUGCUGGCAGCCUUCGCCGCGCACAAAUGGCCGCCAGAUGGCCUGCUCGCCCUGGUGACCGGGCCUCCCGCCACCACACCGGCAGCAGCAGCGGGCGGGGCUCCCAACAACAGCAGCAGCAGCGGUGGAGGAGAGGAGUGGGUGGUGGCCGACGCGCGCGGCUUCUUCCCGAAGGGAUGCAAGUGGCGGGAGGUUUACCGCAAGGGCCAGGAGCCCGGGUUCUGGGAUGUGCGCACAUACCAGUACUGGGAUAGCGUGCGCUCCAACUGGACCGACCGCCAGCCCUCCGCCUGCACACCGCGUGGGCUGUCCAACCCAGGGGCGCAUGGCUGGCGCUGGCGCAACGGCUCGCCGCGCUCGGCAGCCCACUGCAACGACAAGUACUGCACCUACGACAACCUCUGGUUCAACAACGGCCGCUUCUACCUGCUGGUGGACGGCGAGGCGGGGGUGGAGCCGUGGAAGCUGACUCGCAAUCAGGAGCUCAACAUCAUGCACGUGGCCAACGCCUCCCACUUCCUGGCCUCCACCAGCCACCACGUGGUGCGCGGCGACACGCUUGUCUUCGACUUUGUCUUCUUCAUGCACCCGACUGCCAUCGGCCACUGGUCGGAGAUGCUGUUCCCGCUCUUCUCCAUCCUGCGCCAGGAGCGCAGCUUCUCGCGCCCACCCACGCAGUUCCUGCAGCUGCACCUCAAGCGCUGCCACGUGAUGGAGUGGGUGCGUGCCACGCUGGCCACCGCGCUGGGGGUCGGCCCUGACCAGAACCUGCCGCCCAUCAUGUGGCAGCAGGAGGUGGGGCAGAUCGUGGACCAAAUGGCCGCGCCACUGGAGGGGUAUGCGCCCGAUGCCUGGGUGGCCUUUGACAGGGUGCUGGUGGUCAAGGAUGUGUACACGGGCGGGGUGCGCACAUUCUUGGACACUAAGGACGCACACCUGUUCAGGAAGAUGCUGUACGCACAGUACAACUUGCCGCCCCCCCGACUGCGCCAGCCGCUGCCGCGCACCAUCACCUUCCAGCGCAAGCGGGCCAACCGGCGCGUCGUCAACGAGGAGGCCCUGCUCAAGAUGCUGGCAGAGUUUGGGGAGGUGCGGGUGGUGGAGUUCAACGCCUCCACGCCCUUCCGCCAGCAGCUGGAGACCAUGGCCUCCACCUCGGUGCUCGUCUCAGUGCACACCUCCAACCUGGCCAACGCCCAGUUCAUGCAGCCAGGCAGCGCCGUGUUUGAGAUCAUCCAGCGCAACUGGUUUUGGCACGGCCUAGACAAGAGCUUCCAGGUCCAGACGGCCAUGAUGGGCGACAUCCAUCACUAUGCAUGGCGCGCACGGCUGCGCAAUGAGACUGAGUACAUCCAGGAGCGAGACGCGUACCGCUUUGGGGAGUGGGAGCCACUGCAGUGCAACACCGAGGAGUGCGUGGAGGCGCACACCAACGUGGAUGUGCGGGUGGACAUUGAUGCCUUCCGCGCUCUGCUGGCCGACCGCCUGCCCCUGGUGUUUGCGGGGUGGCCCGUGGAGGCGGCGGCCAUCCCCUGGCCGGUGCAGGAGGGUGCAGAGGAGGCGGAGGCGGCAGAAGCAGCAGCGGAGGAGGGCGCAGAAUUCUAGCCAAAUCUUACCAACCACCAUUCUUGUCCACCACACCCUUCGUACUCCUCACUGUCAACCCCCUUCUCUUUACUGCCUGUGUUGCUUUUCGUCCGUGCUGCUCCCCUGUUGUGCUCCCCUGCUUGCCUAUUCGUCUGCAUGAUCCCUGUCGUUUCUUGCCACAGCAAACAGUAAAAAUUUCAAACCAAA